ACACACAUCCGGCCUUUGUGACUCAUUGUGUCUGUGUCGAAGCGUCGGGAGGGCCUAGGUCCUUGUGCAGCGCCCUUCGGCCGGUCUGAGCCCUCGAGUCGGCUCCCCUUUCUCUCCCAGCGCCCCAAGGCCGCUCCCGGGGCUCACGGAAUUAUACGGAAACAGAUAUCAGGACAUUUUCAAGGACAAAAAGAAGAGGACAGACUUUAUUUGGAUCAAGUCAGUUCUCUGAGCCUGAAUGAUGACUGCUGAAUCAAGGGAAGCUACUGGUCUGUCCCCCCAGGCUGCCCAAGAGAAGGAUGGCAUCGUAAUAGUGAAGGUAGAAGAGGAAGAUGAGGAAGAACAUAUGUGGGGGCGGGACUCCAGCCUGCAGGAGACUCCUCCUCCUGACCCAGAGAUCUUCCGCCAACGUUUCAGGCACUUCUGCUACCAGAACACUUUUGGGCCUCGAGAGGCUCUGAGUCGACUGAAGGAACUUUGUCAUCAGUGGCUGCGACCAGAGAUAAACACCAAGGAGCAGAUUCUGGAGCUGCUGGUGCUGGAGCAGUUCCUUUCCAUCCUGCCCAAGCAGCUUCAAGCCUGGCUGCAGGAGUACCGUCCCGAUAGUGGGGAGGAGGCUGUGACCCUUCUGGAAGAUUUGGAGCUUGAUUUAUCAGGACAGCAGGUCCCAGGUCAAGUGCAUGGACCUGAGAUGCUCGCAAGGGGAAUGGUGCCUCUGGAUCCUAUUCAGGAGUCCUCAAGCUUUGACCUUCAUCAUGAGGCUACCCAGUCCCAUUUCAAGCAUUCAUCUCGGAAACCCCGCCUCUUACAGUCACGGGCUCUCCCUGCCACCCACGUUCCUGCCCCUCAUCACGAGGGGAGUCCCAGAGACCAAACAAUGGCUUCUGCACUAUUCACGGCAGACUCCCAGGCAAUGGUGAAGAUCGAGGACAUGGCUGUGUCCCUCAUCCUGGAGGAAUGGGGAUGCCAGAACCUGGCUCGGAGGAAUCUCAAUAGGGACCACAGGCAGGAGAAUUAUGGGAACGUGUUUUCCCAGGGUUGUGAAAGCAGGAAUGAGAAUGAGGAGUCGACCUCCAAGACUGAAAUCACAAAAGACUCAGCAUCACGUGGGGAGACAAGAGGAAGAAUCCAGAAAGAUUUUGGAGAAAAACGUGAACAGCAGGGCAAAAUAGCAGAAAGGCAGCAGAAGACUCCUGAGGAGAAAGCUGGAAAAGAAAAGAAAGAUUCAGGGCCAGCUACAGCUAAGGACAAAAAAACAACCGCAGGAGAGAGAGGACCCAGGGAGAAGGGUAAAGGAUUGGGAAGAAGCUUCAGUCUGAGUUCAAACUUUAACACCACUGAAGAAGUUCCGACAGGAGCGAAGUCUCAUAGAUGUGAUGAAUGUGGUAAAUGCUUCACAAGGAGUUCAAGCCUUAUUCGCCAUAAAAUCAUCCACACCGGAGAAAAGCCCUAUGAAUGCAGUGAGUGUGGGAAAGCCUUCAGUCUGAACUCAAACCUUGUCCUGCAUCAGAGAAUCCACACGGGAGAGAAACCUCAUGAAUGUAAUGAGUGUGGCAAAGCCUUCAGUCAUAGUUCAAAUCUCAUUCUGCAUCAGCGAAUUCACUCUGGAGAGAAACCUUAUGAAUGUAACGAGUGUGGGAAGGCCUUCAGCCAGAGCUCAGACCUUACAAAGCAUCAGAGAAUCCACACAGGGGAGAAACCCUAUGAAUGUAGCGAAUGUGGAAAAGCUUUCAACCGAAACUCAUACCUUAUUUUGCAUCGGCGAAUUCACACCCGAGAAAAGCCCUAUAAGUGCACUAAGUGUGGCAAGGCCUUCACCCGGAGCUCCACCCUCACCCUGCAUCACAGAAUCCAUGCCCGGGAGCGAAACUCUGAGUACAGCCAGGCUUCUCUCGAUGCCCUUGGAGCAUUCCUGAAAAGCUGUGUGUAAAGUGAGAAUUUGCUGACAAGCCAUUUCCCCCUUUUGUUUCUAAAUUUAUUUCAGAGAUGUGUGCUCAUGGAAGGGAAUAAACAUCCUCAAAAGACUUAAACACGCGCGCACACACACACACACACACACACACAGUUUUUAAGGAUCCUUAUAGUUAGAUUAGCAGUGUUCUACCUUUGCAUAGUCUGUGGGCAUAUAAUUCUUCCAUACAGCUCCUGUAGGGAAAAGCUAGUCAUACGAAUAACCCACAUGAUAUUUCCUUAUGAGAUAGAAGCACACACAGCAAAACGCUAUGCCUUUCAGCAAUGAGGAUACCUGUAAGGCGCUAUUGGACACUCAGCAACUAAUACACAGAAUUGAAAGAUUAAAAUCGGCUCUCUGAAAAUGACACUUAGGCUAAAAGCUGCUUGCUGCAAACAAGCCCUGGUUGGCCAACAUCAUGCUGUACCUUAUUUCUCAAAAAGAGAGGGAUAGUUAGAACAAAAACUACAUUGGGACAUGCUGCUUGAACUAGUUAUAUAUAUAAGAUAUAUGUGAACACUGGUAGCCUACCAAAGCUAUAGAAAUCUAGGACUGUGCUGAUCAGUAUCAAACCAAAGAUUUCUAUCUCUCCUGAAAGAGCGGGUAUGUGCACCAGUUUCCAGUUCCAAAGGACUGCCACAAAUGUAGAUGGUUUUAUCCUCAUCGCCGAGAUAAAUUCUACUGAAAUGGCAACCAUGAUUCAAAAUACUUCUCUCCCUCUGGAAGAAAUCCCUAAAGCACUAAUCACACUCUGAAAUGCAUUUCUCCGCAAGUUAGCACUUGAUUAUAUACCGUCUUGUAAUCCUUCAUUGUUUCAUGUAUGAAAUUUUUAAUCACCACCUCCUCCCCAACCCCCCCCCCCCAAAAAAAAAAGAUGCUUUGACAAGGGACAUAUUUAUAUCCUUACAGCACUGGGCACAGUGCUGAACACGGAAGAAGCACUCAUUAUGCCUGACUUCUCACAGGACUUUUGCACUUCUGAGGAAGCCCUGUGAAUCCUGAGUACCUGAAAUACAGUAGCCUGGCCCAGCUUUUGAAGAGGACAUGCAGGGCCUGAGGCAUGCUAAAGCUCCAGGGUCUUACACUAUUUCUGUCCUAAACUAAAGAACGGCACCAUAUAGCCACCUGCAGAGGCUUUCUAAACAUGGAUCAGUGAGUAAAUUCCAUAGAAUGUCAGAAAUGACUCCACUAUCUCAUCUUAAGAAAAAGACAAAAACUUACUAAGGCCAUGUUUUUGACAUCUUUUUAUGACAAAGAUCUCGCCAGAAUUUUGUUUAGUCAGCUGGUGAACAACCUGAUGAUUUGGGCACUUUCUGAAUAAUUUGUAACUUUAAUAGUUCAGACUAUGUAUUUCUUGUUGCUUUUCAGAAAAAGGAAGAUGUAGGAAGCAUUUUCUCCCAUCCUUUUCAGAAACUUCACAAAAGCACUUGAUAUCAUUAGCUGGCCAUUACUGAAUGUGUUAGUUGCUCUGAGAAGUUCACCCAACUUGCUAAGCUUUGGUUGGUUGUUAUCAGAGUUGUACUACACAGUGUCUUUUCUCUUUCUCAUCACUAAAGACUGAGGUGGGUUAUAAAAUUUAGAUCUUUUCUAUCAUCUGGUAAGAAGAUGCAACUGGCUGCCUGGAAGCCAGUGCCAGAGACUUUUCAGAUACACAUACAAGAAACCCAAGUAUGGGGGCUACAUAGGUAGUCAUCAGGGACUCAGGUAGAGAUGAUGCUCAUGAGAGCAUGCAAAAGAUUGUAGACAGCUCUGCAGAAACUUAUAACACCAGAAUAAGAAUACACCUGAAGACUAUUCUCAUGACAGGAGACCCCCCAAUAGAGACUGAGAUUUUCCAUCAAGAAACAACUAAGACUCAUCAUCUUGCUAAUCAGCAACUCGAGUCCAUGAGGCAGCAUGGCUUUAUGGGGAGCCAAUGAGGUGGGGGCAGCUAUGGCCUCAGCUCCAGACCAAAUUAAAAUCUGCGUAGCAGUAAUUCUUCCACCUCUCUGUAACUUGGACCAACCACAGUUUCUCUAUAGUUUCUAAGCAGUUUCAUCAGUGUUGCCUGGGAAACUUCAAAGAAGUCAGCAGGUGAUCAGAAUGUUUCCAUCCAUUCAAUUUAAGAAAAAUAGAAAAGAUACUCCAGAAACAUAUACCUAAGGAACAUUUUAUAGUAAAGUGAAAGUAGAAGAAAUGCUUCUAGAAUUUUCUUCACAAUGAACCACAGUGAUAGCUGCAUAGAAAGCCGCUGGUGCUUUUGAGCAAAGACUUGCUGCUGGGAAGCAACUGAAAGCAGUGAGCUGCUUACCUUCAGAUACUGAUCAAAGCACUGACUACUCUUAAGAAGAAAAAAACUUCGGUUGGUUCUUCAUUGGCUUUUUUUAAGCCAGAACUACAUGCUGACAUAGCUCAGCCAUCUUUUUCUUUUUUUCUUUUUUUUUUUUAAUGAAAGUUAAAAUAACCUGUGCCCCCACAUUUAAUUCCCAUUUUUCUGGGACAUUGUACUAUGUGGGAUAGCCACUGCAGUUGCUUCAGAUCUUCAGCAGAUGCACUCCUUGAAGCAGCUACUUGAAGAUGUUUCCUAAGAAAACAGGCUACAGCUAUUGAUUAAAACCAUUUGCAUUGCAUUUAUCAGCUGCUGAAAGCAAAUUAUAAUUGGCUUAUGGUCAAAAAGGCUUACAACAUCUAAUAAGUGUUCAGGAUAGUCAUUCAAAGUUCUUGACUGGGUGAAGCCUGUUAAUAGUUUGAACAGUAGCAUGUAAGUUGACCUAAUGGAAGCUUUUGAAGGGCUUCUUAAAACAAUAACUUGGCCAGGAAAAGAAGUAAAGUUCUUCAAGUUGUGGAGUAUUUGUUUCUACUCCGGCCUGGCAGGCAAGGCAAAAGCCUGAGAACAGAGAUGUGUGAGGCAUCUUGUUGAAUGCACUUAGUAUUUUAUUAAAGGCUUAAAAGUGAAACUACGCUAAAUAUGUACAGAGAGGUUAAUAUGUUUGUUAUGUGAGACAAUUCAUCUUACGUACAUCAGAGAAUUCAUUCCAGAAGGACACCUUUUGAAUGUGAUAAUAUGGCAAAGCCUAUAAUCACAUUUCAGCCCUUAGCAUCAGAAAAGCUUACACUGUAAAUAAACUUUAUUAAUAUUUUAUAAGAGGAAAUCUUUCAUGUAUAGCACUCGUUGCUUUGGACAGAAAAUGAAUUCCAUCAGUGUGUUCCAGUUGUAAUGAAUUUUAGAAACACUGCAGAGAACACUCAAUCUUAACUCCAGAGGAUCCACAGAAGAAAAAAAUGUGGGGAAAUAGCAAAAUGUACAACUUCUUACAAAAAUUGUCAAUGUUGGGUACUCCUAUAUAUUUUAUAUGACCUUAAUGUCAGUGUCUGUGUUUUGUACCUUCAACCCCUGUUGCUAUUCUGUAUAUUCUCUGUAGGCAAAUGAUGUAUUUUAUUUAAUCUAUUUGACAGAACACAUCACUUCAAAAAAAAGCAGAGUUUUGGAGCGAGUAGUAAAGAAGUUGAUGUGAUUACAGACAAAAAAAAUCAAUUCACAGAACUGAGGAGGGGGAAUAUGAGAAAAAAUCUUCAUAGUUUGGUGAUUUAUCAAAUCAGAAGAGGAAGUUAGUAGAUUUGAUAAGAGAGACAGGUUAGCCAGGCCAGUGUGGUUCAGUUGGUUGAGUGUCAUCCCAUUCACCAAGAGGUCACCGGUUCAAUUCCUGGUCAGGGCACAUGCCCAGGUUGUGGACUCAAUCCCCAGUAGGGUGCAUCCAGGAGACAACUGAUUGAUAUAUCUCUCAUCAAUGUUUAUCUCCCUCUCCAUUCCUCUCUGAAAUCAAUAAAAAACAUAAAGAGAGACAGGUUAAUGGGGCACUAAAAAGGAAUAAUUCCUAUAAACAUGCAGCUUCCUUCCUGAGAGUAAAGCCAGGAAGUUGACCUCUUGACUGCCACGUCACCAUUUUAAGCAAAGAGAAUGGUUUUCUGAGCUUGUCGGAUAGUAAGAGGAUCACCUCCAUGAAUUAAGAGUAGGGAAAGGAUUAGAAAGGCCAGUUGACUUUUUAGCCCUGCUUCCCCACUAACUUAAAUGGUUAUGCUUAGAUUUGGUGUUGCCAGGAAACACCAAGAUGGGCUCUUUCCUGGAAAAUAGUGACAGAGGUGCCCAGGUCCUGGCAUUGCAGGAAGUCUUUCUGAUAAGCAUUUUGCAGUCUUCCUGUUGGCUGCACUUACCCCUGCUCCUGCUUGCUUUCCCCUGGUUUAUGGUGAUAGGAGAGAGGGCUUGCGAAGAUUUAUAGCUGUGAAAGAACUUCUCAUUUUUAUCCUAGAAUUGAUCACCUUUUAUUCUAGAGUUUGAUCAUGCUGAUGUGCUCAUCCAAAGCUAGUUAACCAGGUUCGUUCCUCCUACCAUCCUUGUGAGAGGUUUACUGUGCGAAGUGGAGUGACUGUUAAAACGUAGUCCAACAGUGACAGCAGUGCUUGCCAGAGGAGCCAUAUUUUUGUGCGUCCCACUCUGAGCAACUUCUCAAAAAAUAGGGGGCUUGGGCUCCCCAUCUGGGAAACCAAAGGAAGGUGUGCAGGUUGCAAAGUGAAAUGUGGAAUCGGAAAAAGGGAUGAGUGGUAUAAAUAGAUCUUUCAUAAAAGUAGAUUUCUUUCAACUACUACUGGAGAAUUUAAUAAAAAGCAUUUGAAAAGUUUUCUUAGAUUUAGAAUGGACACAUUACAUUUAAAAGCAGUUAUUUUGCUAUUCAAAUUUUUUAUUAUAUCUGAAAAUGAAACUGUUUUACUUGUCAAAGCUUUGCAAAACAAACUUGAAGUGAUAGGGAGGUCAGCCAUCUCCAAGUCAAACAAACUUUUAAUAUCUCAUAGUAUAGACUGUCAUAACGUGAGAAGUUUGUUUCAGAUUGUCUGGUUCUAUUUCAUAGUGGACACACUAAACCUCAUGUUUUUCUCUUAUCCUAAAACAGUGGAAAGUAAAGAGUGGGUACUAACUUGACUUCUAAACAAUGGUCCUCUGUUCUUUUAACAAUUUUUUUAAAUCUCUUAAGAUUCUCACCUUUUAUUAAAUCAUGACUCACUUCAAAUUGCAUAGUAAUCAGCAAAGUUAAUUGGUCUUAAAAUUGUAUUUCCUCCCUUCUGUAAGCAGUCAUUAAGCCGUGAGAAUGAAUGUUUUAAGAUAUAAAGAAUGAGAUCGGUGAGUGAUUGAAAGGUGGUUUUAAAACUUGGAUUUCAUUGCAGUCUCAGAUUUAGGGGUUAAGUUCCUUUGCUCCGGGAAAGGGACCAGGCAGCUGCUGUCAUUAGUUUUCUGACCAGGUCAGGUGUGCUGGGAAGGGCUGUAACAGCCCGCACUCCCGGCCGAGGACAGGAGCGAGGCAGCCUGAUGGAGGGAGAAAGAGAACCGUGAGGACCUGUUGAGGUCACCUCACCCCAGCUGGUUGACAGUUUAUGGUUUUAGUCUGCCCUGGCAAGAACAAAGCAUGUUAGACUUAAAGGUGCUUCUGCAAAUAGGGGUUCUUACAGGAAAACACAUAUAUGAGGGGGUGGGGCGGGAGAAAGUGGACUAUGAGUAUGCAGGAAAAUCUUGUUUUAAAAAUAUAACUUUUAGGGGGUAAGGGAUAGGAUAUGCAAGCAAAAUCAAUUAUUUUAAAAUGAACAUGUAUUUUUAUUAACUUUUAGUUAAAUAUAGAUUAUUACAACCAGCUCAAUAUGAUAAGCCCAGGUCUGUGGAGAGCGCUAACUCAGGCAUUGUCUUGUUUAUCUAAAGGCUGGACAGAACAAACCUUUUCUGUUUUGUCAAUUCUUGGUUUCUCAGAUUAAAUUAGACAAAAGGAAGAGCUUGUCUUUGUAUACCUGCAGAAUUAAGUUAUCGCUGUUAAAACCUGGCCUUUCCACUCGUCUCUGAAGAGGCCAGUUGCUUGGUGGGUGUUCAGUAAAUUAUUUUUAAAUUGAA